AUGGAUUCAGUGCACCUCCUGCCUCCACAGCUCUGGAUCAUUUUAAUUGGGCUUUCUCUGCCAUAUUUGGCAGAGACAUACGGGUUCAAUAAAUGUACGCAGUAUGAAUUUGACUUUCAUCAUGUGUUCUGCAUUCGGAAGAAGAUCACGAACUUGACAGAUGCCAUUAGUGAUAUCCCUGGAUACACCACUCACCUCAACCUGACGCAGAACCAAAUUCAGAUCCUUCCUCCCUAUGCCUUCACUAAUUUGUCUGCCCUGGUGGACUUGUGACUGGAGUGGAAUUUCAUUUGGGAGAUUGGUGUAGGGGUUUUUUGGGGGCUUAAAAACCUGACCCUUUUGAAUUUAGUAGAAAAUAAGAUUCAAAGUGUGAACAACUCAUUUGAGGGCCUGUCCGACUUGGAGACCUUGCUCCUGAGCCACAAUCAAAUUACCCAUAUUCACAAAGAUGCCUUUGUCCCUCUUGUCAAAUUGAAACAUUUAAGCUUAUCGUGAAAUUUUAUGAUGAAUUUUUCCAAUAUUCUUGAAGCGGUCCAACAUCUUCCACACCUGGAAUACCUUGAUCUCACUAAUAACAGCAUCAUCUCCUUGGACCACCACCCCAGGUCAUUGGUAUCGCUGACCCAUUUGAGCCUGCAGGGGAAUAAGCUAAUGAAGUUAAAUUUCUCUGCUUUGUCACUGCCUAAUCUGACCACUCUGGAUGUCUCUCAGGAUGGCCAUCGAGUCAUCCAGAAUGUGUGUCUAGAAACUCUGCCCUUACUGAAGAGCUUGAAUCUGAGUGGCACACUGGUGAACUUAGAGAUACUCCCAGUCAAACACCUGCAGAAUCUAAGGGAAAUGGACCUCAGUAACUGGGACUUUAGAGGCAGACACUUAAAGUUGAACACAGUUUGUCACCUCCUCAGAAACUUACCAAUAUUAGAGACUUUGGUUUUUCAAAAAAAUGCUGCGGAUGCAGGGGGCAUAAAGUACCUUUCCAACUGUACCAGGCUUUUGUCCCUUGACCUGGGUAAAAGCAAUGAUCUGGUUCACCUCAAUGACAGUGAGUUUGAUGCUAUGCCUAGCCUUCAAAGCCUGAAUCUAAAUAAGUGUUGGCUUUCCUUUGUCAGCAACAGGACCUGGAGUGCCCUCCAGAACUUGACAGCCCUAGACCUGAGCCACAACAAGUUAAAAAACUUUCCAGAUUUUGCAUUUUCACCCUUGAGGUGCCUACAAUCUCUCUUUCUCUCUGGAAACCCCAUCACAGAACUUAAUAAUAUGGCCUUCUAUGGGCUGUAUUCAUUGAAGGAGCUCAUCUUGGCUGGGUGCUGGAUAGUAACAAUUGACAAGUACUCCUUUGCUCCAUUUCCAAAUUUAGAGAGUUUACACCUUGGAAAGAACAAUAUUCAGCAUCUGAAGCACAAAACCUUUCAAUUUUUGAAGAAGCUCCAAGUUCUGAUUCUAUCUUGCAACCGCCUGGAAGCUAUAGAGAAUAGUGCAUUUUCUGGCCUCACUAACCUAUAUAAACUUGAUCUGGCAUACAAUAUGUUGUCAGGUUUUUAUGCAGGCAUUUUCUUGGGCCUUGAAAAUCUAGAAAUGUUAGAUCUCAGUUCUAAUAAAAUUACAUAUGAAACCACUAAAAUCUUGCCAUUUCCUCCAUUUAUAAACCUCAAGAUUCUAAAACAACUCAACCUAGAAGGACAAAUGCAUGGGAUUCAGGUUGUUCCAACCAACUUCUUCCAAGUGCUGAAUAGUUUGCAGGAGCUACUACUAGGAAAAAAUCCUAUUGUAUUCCUGGACCACCUCCAGUUUGACACCCUGACUAAUCUCAUGAAGUUGGAUAUCUCAGGAACAAAAGCUGGAGACCGAAGUCUCUAUUUAAAUACUUCUUUAUUCCAUAAGCUCAAAAAAUUAAAAGUGCUGUGCCUGGAAAAUAACAACAUAGAGUCACUGACCCCUGGUAUGUUCUCUGGUUUAGAAGGCCUUCAAGUCUUCUCUUUAAGAUUCAACAACCUAAAAGUCAUUAAUCAAAGUCAUCUGGAGAAUCUGAAGUCUCUGAUGUACUUUGAUCUCUAUGGGAACAAACUUCAGUGCACCUGUGACAAUGUGUGGUUCAACAACUGGUCAAUAAAUACAGAAAAUGUCCACAUCCCUUACCUCCGGAGCUACACCUGUCAGCAGUCAAAUACCCAGAGUUUGUUGAUAGAUUUUGACGAUGCUGUGUGUAAUUUUGAUCUGGGGAAGGUAUACUUCUUCUUUUCCUUCAGUCUGGUCCUCACAACCAUGGUCUUCUCUUGGUUCAAUGCCAAGAUAACUUCAUCUUUAUGGUACGGGCUCUACAUAUUUAGAGCUUGGUACUUGGCCAAAUGGCAUAGGACAGAGAAGGAGUUCAUCUAUGAUGUUUUCGUCUCUUUCACUGCCACUGAUGAGCAGUGGGUAUAAGAGCUUGUUCCAGCCCUAGAAGACGGUGGCCAGCCCAUGUUUAAGCUCUGUCUGCACCACCAGGACUUUGAACCAGGUGUGGACAUCUUUGAGAACAUCCAGAAUGCCAUCAACACUAACCGGAAAACGUGUGUGGUCAGUAACCACUAUCUGCACAGUGAAUGGUGCCGGCUUGAAGUACAGCUGGCCAUCAUCAAGAUGUUCUACAAGCAUGAGGCUGUUAUCAUCUUAAUAUUCUUGGAAGAGAUUCCAAACUAUAAGCUAUCUAGCUACCACAGACUCCGGAAACUUGUGAAUAGGCAGACAUUUAUCACCUGGCCAGACAAUGCCCAUGAAAGGCCACUUUUCUGGGCCCGUAUUAGAAAUGCAUUGGGCAACAAAACUGUGGAGAAAGACAAUGCACAGCUAAUUGUGGCUGAAUGA